GGGUUUGUCGCGAAUUUUGUCGCGUUCACUCGUUCUUCGAACGUCAUUUGUGCAUUUUCAGUAGAAGUUUUAUAAAAGCAGAUUUCGAAGUCCAAUAUCAUGGCCGGAGUUAUAAAUAGCUAUUAUCAUUCUCUGGUUGCCGAGUUGGUUGAGACUCGGCGAAGGGAGGUUUCGCGGAUUGUGUUCGGGCCGCCUAUGCCCGAGCGACGACGUGGCACUACAUCGUCGAAAAUGUUGGAGUUCGUGGUGUUAUCUUUACGCUACGAAUUUAUUGCAUACAUCGAGGAUGAGGCCGAAUACCGCCGGUAUUCCAAAUGUUCGUCUUUGGAUGAUCUCGGCUGUCCCUGGGGAACCUGGGACUUCGAUGCCGGUUUCAUCCGGUGGAUGUUUGAGGGGAGGUGGGGGCAGGUUCAUCCCGAGUCCGACUGGGACCAUCCGGCCUGGGAUCACCCCCUCGGCGUCCUUUCGGCGUAUGACGUCGAUUAG